GCCACACUCGAGGAACUGGUGGCAGUUCGGGCACGAGAGCGGAGCCGGCAGGCGUUAGCCGCGGUCAUGACGCCCGAGGACCCGGAGGAGAGGCAGCCCCUCCUGGGGCCGCCCGACGGCAGGGUCCCCCGCGGCCGCCGCGUCUUCCUCGCCGCCUUCGCCGCUGCUCUGGGCCCGCUCAGCUUCGGCUUCGCGCUCGGCUACAGCUCCCCCGCCAUCCCGAGCCUGCGGCGCGCCGCGCCCCCGGCCCCGCGCCUCGACGACGCCGCAGCCUCCUGGUUCGGGGCCGUCGUGACCCUGGGCGCCGCGGCGGGGGGCGUGCUGGGCGGCUGGCUGGUGGACCGCGCCGGGCGCAAGCUGAGCCUCCUGCUCUGCACGGCGCCCUUCGUGGCCGGCUUUGCUGUCAUCACCGCGGCGCAGGACCUGUGGCUGCUGCUCGGAGGCCGCCUCCUCACCGGCUUGGCCUGUGGCAUUGCCUCGCUUGUGGCCCCGGUCUACAUCUCUGAAAUUGCCUACCCAGCAGUCCGGGGGCUGCUCGGCUCCUGUGUGCAGCUGAUGGUCGUCAUAGGCAUCCUCCUAGCCUACGUGGCAGGCUGGAUCCUGGAGUGGCGCUGGCUGGCGGUGCUGGGCUGCGUGCCCCCCUCGCUCAUGCUUCUGCUCAUGUGCUGCAUGCCCGAGACGCCGAGGUUCCUGCUGUCUCAGCACAAGUGCCAAGAAGCCAUGGCUGCCCUGCAGUUCCUGUGGGGCUCCGAGCAGGGCUGGGAAGAGCCCUUGGCUGGGGCUGAGCACCAGGGCUUCCACCUGGCCCAGCUAAGGCGCCCUGGGGUCUAUAAGCCCUUCAUCAUCGGCAUCUCACUGAUGGCCUUCCAGCAGCUGUCUGGCAUCAACGCUGUCAUGUUCUACGCAGAGACCAUCUUUGAGGAGGCUAAGUUCAAGGACAGCAGCCUGGCCUCAGUCAUCGUGGGUGUCAUCCAGGUGCUGUUCACAGCCGUGGCAGCCCUCAUCAUGGACAGAGCUGGACGGAGGGUGCUUCUGCUCUUGUCAGGUGUGGUCAUGGUGUGCAGCACUGUCACCUUUGGCGCCUACUUCAAGCUGACCCAGGGUGCCCCCAGUAACUCCUCGCAUGUGGACCUCUCUGCGCCUGUCUCCGUGGAGCCCAUCGAUGCCAGUGAAGGGCUGGCCUGGUUGGCUGUGGGCAGCAUGUGCUGCUUCAUCACUGGCUUCGCUCUGGGCUGGGGGCCCAUCCCCUGGCUCCUCAUGUCAGAGAUCUUCCCUCUGCACGUCAAGGGCGUGGCCACCGGCGUCUGUGUCCUCACCAACUGGCUCAUGGCGUUUCUCGUAACAAAAGAGUUCAGCAGCCUCAUGCACCUCACAGACCACACUUCCCAGGAUGGAACAGAUUAUGGUUCUCAAAUUCCAUUUCCCACAUGCUGCUGAGACAACCAAAAGUGACCUUUGGGAGUGGACAUCAGCUUGCCCUGAAGGAAUGGUGAUGAGGGCUCUGUGGCCUCAUAGACACAGAGUCACACGGGGCCUGGCCACCUAAGGUGUCAGUGGAGCCCCCCUUUUUUAAGGGAGAGACUGAGUAGGGUCUGGUCUGACCUCCUGCUGCAGCUGAGUUGCUCUGCCUUAGUCCUGGCACCCCACAAGAAUGUGGGUCUCAGUCCCUGAGUCAUUUGGAGUCUAGCAGUGUGCUAAAAACCCCAUUUUUGGAACACUCGGUAUACACAGGCCCUCUCUGGGAAAAGGAGUCACUCCUCUACUAAUACCAGAUGACCAGACCCUUCUUGGUCUUCAAAGAACAAAUCUGGGGAGAAAUGGGCCUGGGGAAGAUCAGUCACUGGGCAGCGAGACAAGAAAGGCUCCCAUGGAUCUGCACAGCAGGGAUCAUUGUGCCCAGAGUAUCUGCACAGGCUUCCCAGAGAAGACUUUGAGCCAAGCCUUGAUGGCAGAGGAUGGGUGCAUAGGGAGGUAAGAAGGCAUCCAAGGAGAGGGAACAGCAUGUGCAAAGGUACAGAGGUGGCCCAGAAGGUUCCAUUUAUAGUCCUGCAGAACUAGAGGCUCCUCUCCCAGUGUCCUCUGUUGUCUCCCUUUGCGUUUACUGGACUGGGACACUGCUGAGAUGGCUCCUCCGUUAGGUAACCAGUGAAGGCAUCAGGAAAACCUAGGCCCAAUUGUUGCCAUAGCCACCAUGGUCUCACAAAUGGGCAGGAGAAAGCUGGGGAUUGAAUACAAAUGUCAUCCAAGAUAUGGAGGAGAAAGGCCAAAGACACAAGCUGUAGGGCCCUCCCUGUGCUCUUUGCCUCUGAUACCCUACCCUCAAAGUUGAGGUGGGCACUGAGCCAUCUCCCUUGUUAUAGAGGCCAUGGACCAUGCCAAGGACAGUACAGCAAUCCUUCCUGAUCAUUCAGAAGAGAAAAGGGCCAAGCUUGGACUCUGGGGCUGGUGGGGUGGGGAAAGGAAUAACUAUUGAAAACAGGCAUUGGGGGCAUGAUCAAGAACCCAAAGAGAAUUCCUGCCUACUCUUAGGGAGCUCAGUUCAUUCAUUCAGCAAUUGAGUGCCUACUGUAUGCUGGGCACUGUCCUAGAUAUUGGUGAUACAGUGGUGACAAUGAAUAUAGCACUUGCUCUCAUGGAACUUACCUUCUAGAGGGAGAGACAUACUAUGAGAAAUAAAGAAAUAAGAAUUUAUUCACAAUGUGAAAGUGCUAAAAAGAAAAUAAGGUGGCAAGAGAGAGUUGCUAUGGGGAUGGCAGAAGUUCUCAUCCAAGGUACUAGUGACAUAAGUAACACCACCUUCACACAGGUAACAUAGGCUAAGACUUCAUGGGCGAGAAGGAGCCAGCCUUGUGAGUGCCACAAGUUGUAGCCCUGCAUGUGCAAAGGUCCUGGGGCAGGUGGGAGCUUGAUGUGACUUCCUGAAGCCAUUAGAGACCAGGAUAUCUCAGAGUAAAAGGAGAAGGGACAGGAUAGCCCUGGAUGAACUUGUGGAAGAAAGUAAAGGUCUUGUGGGCUUCCCAACAGCUGACUUAUUUUACCCACAAAGCUGUUUCUCUAAGCCAGUGGUUCUCAAACUUUGGCAUACAUUAGAAUCACCUGCAAGUACUGUCAAAAUCCAGAUUGCUGGGCCCCACCCCCAGAAUCUGUUUCUUAGAUGUGGAGUGAAGCCCCAGAAUUUCUCAAGGUUGAAAAUCCAAAUCCAAUCACCUGUGGAGAGGAAUUGGACCCAGGUGGCUAGAGAGGAAGUUUGUUGUCUGAGGAACUUUGUUACCUUGAGGAGAAGAAACAGAACUAGACUGGAAUGGAGUUGGCCCUUAGGGAAGAGACGUGUCCUCGGCCCCUGGGCCAGGAGACCAGAGUGAGGCAGCAGCACCCUUCCCCCAGCCUCCUGUCUUCUGGAAGCCUGAGAAGGCAGAUCAGAGAGAGGAGACAAGUCCCCCAAGGAAGCUGUGACCACCCAAAGGCCAUCCCUCUACGCCCACCAACACCACACACAGAGAUCAGAGAGCACCAGAAGCAGGUGUCACCCCUCCCAUCCCAUCAGCAGUCAGAGUGCCAUGGCCCUAGUUGUCCUUACUUUGUCCCUGUGUGGCCUGGAACCAUUGCAAUGACUGUUCUUAAAGUGCUGAGUAACCUGGAGCACGCCCCAGGCUUUCUGGGCCUCAUUUAAGAAGAGGUUCUCUUUAUUUGUCUUGCUUCUCGGCCCACAUGAGCAAUCAGUGUCCUCAUUCCUUUAGGGCAGCAGUUCUCAAAGUAGGGUCCCCACCAGCAGCAUCACCUGGAAAACAGCUCAAACUCACAGAUUCAAUCCUGAAAAUACUAAAGCACUGUCUUAUCAGGAGCAGUCAGUUUCUCAGUCUCACUCGCCGUGACACUAGCUACUGUGUCAGGGACCCCUGCAAGGAAGAUUCUCUUCCUCCAGUUUGCACAAGGAGGCCAGAGUCACCUCAUAGUUUGCGCGUGGCAAGACAGGAAGCCAUAGAGAGGAGUCCUGCUGCCUCAUUUUGGCCUCCCUCCCCAGGCAGGGAAUGCUUCCUCUUCCCUAAGGGCCAACUCCAUCCCAGCCUAGUUCGGUUUCUUCUCAGAGUAACGAAGUUCCUCAGACAACACACUUCUCUCUAAUCGCUAGAGCCCAAUUCCUCUCCAAAGGAGAUUGGAUCUGGGAUUCUUAAUCUUUCUUUCAAAUGCAUAACAACUUGUUUACAUAACUUGUCAAGGGAAAAUAUAUUUUCCACCUUUAAAAAACUUUUCUCAAAAUAACAUGUUCAAAAGUUUUAAUAAACACGUUUAUCACAUUU